UGCUCAUUCCAGGGGGAAAAUCCCAUGGGAUCCUCACCCUGGAAUCACCCUCAGAGCUGGAUAAAUCCCAAUUUCCCCCAAAAUGAAAUUUAACUUUUUACUCCAUCAACCCAAAGAAAAUUCAGCUUUUUUGGGGAACCGCUGUUUCCUUUUUUUUGCUGAAGGAAAGGGGGGAAUUCUGACCAUUCUGGGUGGGAAUUCCAGGAUUUUUCCUGUUUCCAAUCUUGGUUUUUCCUGGCAGGAUGCCCUGGCAGGGGGACACCAACAACAUGAUCGACAGGUUCGACGUCCGUGCUCACCUGGAUUUCAUCCCCAUGUACACCCCGGCCCUGCUCAGCCCCACGUCACCGGAGCAGGAGUCGGACGAGCGCAAAUGCAACUACGAGCGGUACCGGGGCCUGGUGCAGAACGACUUCGCUGGCAUCUCGGAGGAGCAGUGCCUGUACCAGAUCUACAUCGACGAGCUCUACGGGGGCCUGCAGAAACCCAACGAGGAUGAGAAGAAAAAGCUGGCGGAAAAAAAGGCUUCCAUAGGCUACACCUACGAGGACAGCACGGUGGAGGAGCUGGAGAAUUCCCUGGAAAAACGAGCCGGGGACGAGGAGGACUCCGAGGAAGACUCCAACACCGACGAGGACGAAGUGAUCCCGGACAUCGACGUGGAGGUGGACGUGGAUGAGCUGAACCAGGAGCAAGUGGCCGACCUGAACAAGCAGGCCACCACCUACGGCAUGGCCGAGGGGGAUUUCGUCAGAAUUUGGGAUCUUCCCCCAAACCCCGACGAGCUCUACGGGGGCCUGCAGAAACCCAACGAGGAUGAGAAGAAAAAGCUGGCGGAAAAAAAGGCUUCCAUAGGCUACACCUACGAGGACAGCACGGUGGAGGAGCUGGAGAAUUCCCUGGAAAAACGAGCCGGGGACGAGGAGGACUCCGAGGAAGACUCCAACACCGACGAGGACGAAGUGAUCCCGGACAUCGACGUGGAGGUGGACGUGGAUGAGCUGAACCAGGAGCAAGUGGCCGACCUGAACAAGCAGGCCACCACCUACGGCAUGGCCGAGGGGGAUUUCGUCAGGUAUGGCCCAGAAAAACCUCGGGAAGAGCCGGGAUUCUACCCCAAAACCACCCCGGGGAGAGCUCCUGCUUUUCCUUGGCAUUUUGGCUCGGGAAUCUCAUCUUCCCUUAGGAUUUUCUCCUGGAAAUCCCAUUUUUCCCGGGGAUUUUG